AUGGCUACCGUCAUACCGCCUCCCUCCAAAAAGCAAAAGAAAGAGGCCAAGCAAGUUCGCGAGGUCGACCUCAUCCCCUCCGAUCUUCCGAAUGUUCUAAUAAAGUUCCAGGCUGCCGAUUCAGGAGAUUCGGUCGGCGGCUCGUUGAGAGUCCCUGGUGGCAUCACAGAAAAGCAAUUGGAGGAGCUUUUGAACCAGUUGACCGGUACCAAAGACGACCCAGUGCCGUACUCGUUCUCUCUUCUCAACAGCGCCAAUGAUCUGCCCGAGUCGAGCUUGGUAGACAUCAAAGACAAUCUCUACACAUCGGUGCUUAAGCCGGGUAUCAAGACCACGGAAGACUUCAUGACCAUUGUUUAUACGCCGCGGGCCAUCUUUAAAGUGCGCGCGGUCACCCACUCCAGUACGGCCAUUGCUGGCCAUAGUUCUACCAUUUUGUGCUGUCAGUUUGCACCCAACGAUUCGGGCCGUAUGUGUUCCGGCGCUGGUGACUCUACGGCCAGAAUCUGGGACUGUAACACCAAUACUCCUUUUAAGACCCUUUCUGGCCACACAAACUGGGUUUUGUGUGUAGCUUACUCGCCCUGUGGCACCAUGAUCGCAACAGGAUCCAUGGACAAUACCGUGAGACUUUGGAACGCAGCUACCGGUGAGGCUUUGGGAGCGCCAUUGCAAGGUCACGCUAAAUGGAUUUCCAGUUUGACGUGGGAGCCAUUGCAUUUGGUGAAAGAAGGUGAAACACCAAGAAUUGCCUCUGGCUCCAAGGACGGCACCGUCAAAGUGUGGGACUCUUCCAGAAGGGUCUGUCUCAUGACUCUCAGUGGCCACUCCAACGCUGUGUCUUGUGUCAAAUGGUCUGGCUCCAACAUUUUGUACAGUGGCUCGCAUGACAAAACCAUCCGUGCUUGGGAUAUCGAGGCUGGUGGUAAGACCAUCCAAAUUCUCAAAAGCCAUGCCCAUUGGGUCAACCAUCUUUCGAUUUCCACCGACUAUGUGUUGAGGAAGGGUGGUUUCGACCACCAGUCCUCUAGAAGCUCUACCAAGACAAACAUGGCAGAGUUGCGCAAAAAGGCUUUGGCAGAAUACGAAAAGGUGGCCAAGCUCGGUGGUAGCGUUAGUGAACGUCUCGUGACUGCCAGUGACGACUUCACCAUGUACUUCUGGGAGCCACUUAAAUCAUCCAAGCCAGUUUGCAGAAUGACCGGCCAUCAAAAGCUCGUGAAUCAUGUUCUGUUUUCUCCGGACGGAAGAUUCAUUGCAUCUGCAUCAUUUGAUAACUCCAUUAAGCUUUGGGACGGUAUCAAGGGUACCUUCAUUGGUUCUUUCAGAGGGCAUGUAGCUCCUGUCUACCAGACUGCUUGGUCUGCCGACAGUCGUUUGCUUGUCAGUUGUUCGAAGGAUACAACUCUUAAGGUAUGGGAUGUUCGUAGCAGAAAGCUCAAUGUUGACCUACCGGGACAUGCAGAUGAGGUUUACGCUGUUGAUUGGAGUAUGGACGGGCGUAAAGUGGCCUCUGGAGGUAAGGAUAAGAUGGUAAGAAUCUGGUCAUCGUAG